GUAGUAUUUCGGUAAACAUACAUUUGUACAUUUUAUUUAUUAUACGCCUAUAAUUAUUUUCUAAUUAAAAUCAUAAAUGUUUUUUUUGAGAGCAUCGUUUUCUCUUUAUUUAAUAAAUAAAUAUAAAUUAAUGAACGCCAUAUCCAUGAUUGAAUCGUAGUUUGAUUUUGAAUUACGUACCCCAAAAUGAAUAUGAUGAAGAAAUAAAAUAAAUAUGACAUUACUAAACGAAAUCCAUUUCUGGAGUUCAAAAAGCACAAUUUUAAUAAAAUCAUCAGACUACGGAUCCUUUAAAUAUUGUUCUAAAAAAGACAGGGAUAAAGAUAAUGUUUACCUAGACAGUAAAAGUUUAUACUGUAAACAACGUGGAUAUGUCUGGAGUGCUUCAAAUAAAAAGUCUACCAAAUUAAAAGACAAACUUAAGGAAUAUGAAGAUCUUCUGGCACAAAAUAAAGUUGUAACGUUUGUAUGGGAUAAUGUAGUAAAAUUACUUCUUUCACGUGGCAUUGUAGUCACAAUUACAGUAAAUUCUGUAACAAAUGAUAUAGAAAACAUCAGCUUUGACAGAAGUAUAGUGUCCAAAAUUUAUCCUGAAGUUGUUAAUGCAGGAAUAAUUAAUGAUCAACGUGUUGUAUUUGUGUGCAGUGAUGGUAAAAUUUACUGUCAAGGUGGUUCUUGGAAGGAUGGUUAUGUUAUAGGCAGUACUCCUAAGAGAAAAGUUAGUCUUUGCAAAGAUUAUUUAGUGGUUUGGGGUGGUGCAAACUGUGAAAAUCCUCAACCAUGGAGUCCACUAAUUAAAGAACACCACAAGGGAAAUAUACAUUUUUAUUUAAUUGGUGCAAAAGGACCAGAGCUUUUAGCUUCUAAAAGGACUGAAGGAGAUCCUCAGGAUGUUAUAAUUAGUAAAGCAAACAAUGAGACAUUAAUAGUAAUUGAGCAAAUUGUUUCACAAAAAGGUGCUGUGUCCAUUGAAGUUGGAACUUUUAAACUAGUUGAUCAUAAUCUGAAACGUACCUGUGUAACUUUAGUACCUCUACAGACUCAAAUAAGUUGCUGCGUAUUGAGCCAAGAUGAAAAAUAUGUGUUUUUAGGAUGUAUAGAUUCCUCCAUAGCAAUUCUAAAUCGUAGCAGAGGAACCACAAGAAUUGCAAAAGCCUCCUUUAUCCCAACUUUUGCCAUAUGGCACAUUGCAGGAGUUACAGUGGCAAUCUCUAAUGAAAAGGGUCAGCUACAAUACUAUGAUGUAGCUUUAAACUGUAUCAAGUCCCAACUUAUUGGAGAAGACUGCACUGCAAUUGGAUUAGUUGAUUUGUCGAUUUAUUUUAAAAAUCAAAUGAUUGUGGAGAAUUUAUACAGAGGACCGAAUGGUUUAGUAGUAGUGUUUGAAUAUGGACCUGUUGUUGUUAUAACGCACGUCGAAAGAGCACUGAGUUUGCCUUCGUUAGUUCAGUAUUAUUUGUCUGCAGAGAAAGUGGAUAAAGCUAUUGCUUUAUUAUUGAACGUGGAUUGGAGUGAUGAAGUUUUUUUUAUUUUACAACGUAUCAUAGCUUAUUUAACGAAAUUACCGCUCACUGAAGAAAAUGCCCGUCAUCUACAAAACGCUCUGGGUAGCUUUCAUUGUCCUCCGGUCCUUUUGAGUGCAGAAAUCAAACGCAGAUAG